AUGGCGCCAUCCAAGAAAUUUGUCAACGGCCCGGACCCGUUGAAAGGGCAAGUCUUCCAAUUCCAUGUUUACAGAGCUCGGGGCAUCACUGACAACCUCAGGCCUGAUGUCCCUUAUGCCGAGGCCAAAACGAAAAAGAACCCGGUUCUCCGGGGUAUCUGGUUAUUCUGCGCGGCCUUUCUUAUGGAGUGGUUCCGCUUUAUCCGCGAGCGCAUCUGGCGCCACACAGGCUUCGAUUCUCUUCGGCGCAUUAUCCCCUAUAUCGAGGACUACGAGCCGUGGUAUGAGCCGCUCGUGAUUCCUCGACCUGAUGAUCUGUCGCAAAAGGUCGAUAGCUUGGACAGUGGCCAAGCCCAAACCUCCCCGACUAAUGAGAGCCAGGACGAGGAGGAUGAUGAGGAAGAGAAAUUCCCGACCCCGCCCCUGUACUACACCAUUCAGGACUACCGCCGCGCCUACCUCUCUGGCACUCUCACCCCCACGGACGUAGUCCGCUCCAUACUCGGCCUCAUUCACCCCAAAGACGCCCCCCAUUCCCAAGCGGUAACCGCCACACUCAUACCCAGCGCCCUCGCAGCCGCUGAGGCCUCAACUGAGCGCUACAAACAAGGCCGGCCUCUUGGUCCCCUCGACGGCGUGCCAACCGUCGUAAAAGAUGAAUACGACGUCGCAGGCUACCAGACAACCCUCGGAUCGCGUAAUAUCUAUGCUUCAACUGAAGAUGGGCAUCCUAGCACUUGGUGCGUGCAGCAGCUUGAGCAAGCCGGUGCCAUAGUCAUCGCAAAAUCGGCAAUGACGGAGUUUGGGCUGGACGCCACGGGGAAUAACCCCAUCUAUGGCACACCAAGGAACCCUUACAACCGCCGUUACUACACCGGAGGUUCAUCUUCGGGAACGGGAUAUUCUGUCGCAGUCGGGCUGGUCCCCGUCGGGCUAGGGAGCGAUGGCGGAGGAAGCAUCCGGAUUCCGGCCGGGUUUUGCGGAGUGUUUGGGCUCAAGCCGACACACGGCCGGGUAUCAUUUCGCCCUGGGCAGAAUCAUAGCAUCACAUGUGCUUGUUUGGGGCCGAUGGCAGCUGAUAUCGAGUCGUUAGCGACUGUAUUCGAGGUGAUUGCGAAGCCGGACCCGUCGUCACAUUUUCCCGAGCUCAAAUCCCCUCUUGACCUACGCAUGCCUCCCCCGUCAUCCGACGAAGAGGAUCCGAACCGGCUGCUAGGCAUCCCCAUAGCCUGGGUUUCCCAAGCAUCUCCAGCCGUCCAAACCCUCAUCAACUCCCUAAUCCGCAAGCUCACCACCACCCACGGCUUCCGCACAGUCCCUAUCUCAAUUCCCUUCCUCCCCGAAGGCCAGCUUGCCCACGCCAUGACAAUCCUUACCGACGCAGCAACUCUUCUCCCUCCUCCCCCUGCAACACGCAAUCUGACCCCCGCGAACAGGCUCCUUCUUGCUCUGGGCCGAACUACGCCCGCAACGGAUUACCUCCUGGCGCAGAAACUCCGCCGCCUGCUGAUGCAGCACCUGGCCUGGUUGUGGGAACAGCACCCAGGCAUGUUAAUCAUUACGCCGACGGCUGGAUGCGCAGGACUCAAGAUCGGGCGCGAGAGUGAUGCCGUUCAGGGAGGGUUUGGUGUGAGCGACGGAGAUAGCACGAUGGAGUGCAUGCGGUAUGCAUGGCUGGCGAAUUUCUGUGGGUUGCCGAGUUUGAGUAUACCCGUUGGGUUCGUCCAGGCCAGAGGAGGGGAUGUACCUGUGGGGAUGAUGGUCACGGGGGAGUGGUGUGCGGAGGAGAGGUUGCUGAGGUUUGGGAGAGUUGUGGAGAGGGUUUUAUACGAGGAGGGGAUGCAAGGGAGAAGGAGACGGCCUGGAUGCUGGGUGGACGUUUUGGAGAGGGCGAGGGGGAGGGCGAGGGAGAGGGCUGCGGAGUCCGGGGAGGAGAGAGAGUAG